AUGGAUGAAAGUGAUUCGAAUUUUAAUGGAACUGCACCACCUCAACAUCUUCUUAGUGAUUAUAUCGAAAUGGCUUAUCUAAUAAUUGUUAUUAUUCUUGGAACUCCGUUAAAUAUCUAUAUUCUCAUAAAAUUAUUUAAAAAAUUGCAAAAAUCGGGUAGCGAUGCAAUUAAGAUUGGAUUCUUAAUCCUUAAAAUAAAUUUGAAUAUAUCUGAUCUUUUGAUAUUAUUGCUAUUGGCAUUUGGAAAAUUAUGUUGGUUAGCAACUUAUGAAUGGAAAGCGAAUGAGCUUGCAUGUAAAAUCUUUAACUUUUUGUCAAUGUUAACCCUAUAUAUUAGUUCAAAUAUUGUAGUAUGUAUUGCUUUGGAUCGUUUUCGAAAUGUUCUUAGUGCAUCAAAAAUACGACGAAAAUCGAAUUUUGUACGAAUUAUCGUGACCGUGUCGUGGAUUUUAGCACUUUUAUGGAGUAUACCACAGCUUUACGUAUGGGAAACAGUUAACGUAUAUCCUGAAUGGCCAGGUGGUUGGAUACAAUGCUCAGAUAUUUGUUGA